UUUUUUUUCCCCCAAUUCCCACCUCGCGUUCUGAACUGAAGGCGACCCCUCCUCCUCCUCCUCCUCCUCUUCCCCCUCCUCCCGCCUACCUGCGAGGGCUUUCGGAAAACAACGGAACUGUGAGAGAGGUCUCCCCCUCAGAGGCGAGCUAUCUCUGAAGAACUAACCCAAGACAAGGGACGGGGAGAAACCCCACCCCCCACCCCACUCCCGGGUCUGCCCGCCAUUCCUUUCGCCUUCCUUUCAUUCACGCUUUCGGUUUGUUUCUCCUCCGCCGGUUGUUUCUGGCUGCCUGCCGCCGAACCAGAAGGAAGCGAGGGAGGACAGAGAGAGAGGGGGGGGCGCUCAAAAACUACGACGUCCGUCCGCCCGCCCGCCGGGAGCUGGAGAAGCCGCGGAAAAGUCCUGCCCCGAACUGCCGCCUGUUCCGCGUUCGCCACAGAAGCGCCGGGCUGCAGGCGGCAGGAGCGAGUCGGGUUUUGCCAUCAGCCGCUUCUUGCGCGGGGCUGGAGUUUUUGCCGGGACCUUGCGAAGAAAAGCGCCGGAGAAGCGCCGCUUUCCCGCUCCGUGCCUUUGGUAGGGGGGUCGAGGAGGUGAAGGAGAGCGAGGCUACUGGGAGGAAGGCGAGCCGGGGACGUGGAGAAGGGCUCCGCUUCUCUCAAUUACCUCAGUCCCGAGAGGAAGGGAACGCUACUACCUCGCCGGGUACCGUGUGAUGGUAAAAAGAGAGAAUUGCUGAAGUUCCUGCCUGACAAGCUGUCGAAUGAAUAUCUACUUAUAACCGUAGCAACAUCAAUAAGUGACAGGAGCAUAGAAGGAAGGGCAGCACAAUAAAUCCGUAAAAUAAAACAAGCAAAAAGAGCAAAAAGGAUAUUAUUCUCCUUUAAGGUGCUUGCCCAGUAUCACUGAAAGGCUUUAUUUGGAAGUUUCACGGACCUAUCUAUUGGAUUCUUUAGAGGACAAUCCUCAUGAAAAUGCGGACAUCAAGCAGAAUGGACAAUGCAAAGAAGUGGCUUGGACUCAGUUUUUGCUUUAUGAUGAACCUCAUUACGACUGUAUUAUCUGGAACUAGCAGACCUCCAAGCAAAGGCCAAGGACAAAAUCUCUCGGACAACUUGCUUCUUCAUCAACGAAUGAAGAGGAGUUGGGUGUGGAACCAGUUCUUCGUUCUGGAAGAAUACACGGGAACAGAUCCUUUGUACGUUGGGAAGCUCCAUUCUGAUAUGGACAGGGGAGAUGGAUCAAUCAAAUAUAUUCUUUCGGGAGAAGGAGCAGGAAUUGUUUUUACUAUUGAUGACACCACUGGAGAUAUCCAUGCCAUUCAGAGACUAGAUCGAGAAGAAAGGUCUCAAUAUACUUUAAGGGCCCAAGCCUUGGACAGACGAACUGGCAGACCAAUGGAACCAGAAUCUGAAUUUAUCAUCAAAAUCCAAGAUAUCAAUGAUAAUGAACCCAAAUUCCUAGAUGGGCCAUAUGUUGCUUCAGUUCCUGAAAUGUCACCAGUGGGCACCUCUGUUAUCCAAGUGACAGCAACAGAUGCUGAUGAUCCUACUUACGGGAACAGUGCCAGAGUAGUCUACAGUGUUCUCCAAGGACAGCCAUAUUUCUCUGUGGACUCCAGAACAGGAUUAAUUAGGACAGCACUAAUGAAUAUGGACAGAGAAGCAAAAGAAUAUUAUGAAGUUAUUAUCCAAGCCAAAGACAUGGGUGGACAGCUGGGAGGAUUAGCCGGGACAACAACAGUCAAUAUUUCUCUCUCUGAUGUUAAUGAUAAUCCACCCAGAUUUCCACAGAAACAUUAUCAGAUGAGCGUACUGGAAUCUGCGCCAGUCAGUUCCACCGUGGGUCGUGUUCUUGCUAAAGACUUGGACGAAGGUAUUAAUGCUGAGAUGAAAUACAGCUUUGUGGAUGGGGAUGGACUGGACGUCUUUGAUAUUACUACUGAUCUUAAUUACCAAGCUGGCAUCAUCACUGUGAGAAAGCCACUGAGCUUUGAGACCAAGAAAAGUUACACUUUAAAAGUAGAAGGGGCCAAUCCACACCUUGAAAUGCGUUUCUUGAAUCUAGGUCCGUUCCGUGACACGACAACUGUGCAUAUCAGUGUGGAAGAUGUUGAUGAGCCACCAGUUUUUGAGCCUAGUUUUUAUUUUGUGGAAGUGCCUGAAGAUGUGGACAUUGGGACCACCAUACAAAUGAUAAACGCCAAGGACCCUGAUGUGAUCAACAAUUCAAUCAGAUACUCCAUUGAUCGAAGCAGUGAUCCUGGACGCUUUUUUUAUGUGGACAUUAUAACAGGUGCUCUGAUGACUGCAAGACCUCUGGAUCGGGAAGACAUUUCAUGGCACAAUAUCAGUGUGUUAGGUGUAGAAAUGAACAAUCCUUCACAAGUUGGCAGUGUUUCAGUAACCAUAAGAGUCCUGGAUGUAAAUGACAACGUACCAGAAUUUCCCAGGUUCUAUGAGGCAUUUGUCUGUGAAAAUGCAAAAGUUGGACAGCUGAUCCAGACAGUAAGUGCAGUGGACCAAGAUGACCCCCAAGAGGGGCAGCACUUCUACUACAGCUUGGCUCCAGAGACAGCAAAUAACCCCAAUUUUACUCUUAGGGACAAUCAAGACAACACAGCUUGGAUUUUAACCAAGAGAUCAGGAUUUCGGCAACAUGAGCAGAAUACUUUUUAUCUUCCCAUCUUAAUAGCUGAUAAUGGACGUCCUGUGCUAAGCAGCACUGGAACAGUAACCAUUCAUGUUUGCAGUUGUGAUGAAAAGGGUCUUGUGAUGUCCUGUAAUGCAGAGGCCUACAUACUCCCUGUCAGCCUGAGCAGAGGAGCUCUGAUUGCCAUUCUAGCUUGCAUUUUUGUUUUGCUUGUUCUGGUGCUACUGAUCUUAUCCAUGAAAAGACACCGGAAGCAGCCUUAUAUGCUUGAUGAGGAAGAGAAUAUCCAUGAGAACAUUGUCCGAUAUGAUGACGAAGGCGGAGGGGAAGAAGAUACGGAAGCUUUUGACAUUUCUGCCCUGUGGAAUCCCAGAGAGGCCCAAGCAUUCAUGAAGAACCGACAAGACAUGAUGCCAGAAAUUGAAAGCCUCUCAAGAUACGUUCCUCAGGCCUGCACGAUGGACAGCAGUGUUCACAGCUAUGUAUUGGCCAAACUCUACGAAGCAGACAUGGACCUCUGGGCACCUCCCUUUGAUUCUCUCCAGACCUAUAUGUUUGAGGGCAAUGGCUCAGUGGCUGAAUCGCUCAGUUCCUUACAGUCUGUAACUACGGACUCUGAACAGAGCUAUGACUAUCUGACAGACUGGGGACCACGCUUUAGGAAGCUGGCGGAAAUGUAUGGCGCCACAGAGGGGAGUGGGACUCUUUGGUAACUGAAAAGGCCAAGUACUUGAUACUCAAAUGCCGCCAUCUAAACUUGUACUCGUCUGAUAUGAGACAUUGGUGGAAUGGCCUCCUACAAUAAGCAAUAUGAUGCUUGAGGGAGAAUGCAGAAGAGUUUGAAUAAAUCAAAGCACUCUCUGGAUCAGCUUUAUGAAAUUAUUUUAAGCUACAUUUUUAAACGAUGAUAAACAGGAGAGAAAGAUAGGGGGGAAGAAUUUCAUGGGAUUUUUUUUUUUUAAUUUUCUUUCAAAGACGACACAUGAACAUUUGGUUCCGGAUUAGAAUGACAUUAUUAUCUUGGUGAUUUAAGACACAAGCACGCAUUCACCUCCAUGGACCACUUAUUAACUUUUUUACAUCUGCGUGUAAAAAUUUAUACAUUUCAAUUCACAUGGAAUUGUGUGUAGAAAGCCAUCUCCAGUAGAGGAUUUCUUCCUCUUUGUUUAUAAAAGAAAGAUUUGUCAAAGAAUACAGGAAGACAUUAAUAAAACAGAAGAUUUUUUUUUACCAGCAAGUCCUAAUGAAGAGGCUAAAGAGCAAAAGGUUUGAGUGAAGUGGAUGGGAGAAUGACUGACCCAUGUGUCAUAUGCAUUAUUACUAAUAUCAAAUUAAUGUAUGAGGAGACUCUCUCCUCAGCUUUUAAAAACUACGAUUCAAAAUCAAACCAUAAAAAUAAUGCCUCCUUUCUGCACUGUAGAUACUUCUUCCACGUGCCAAAUGCAAGAAUCAGAUGUUACCAGUAAAAGCCAAAUAAAGUUUUAAUUUCAUAUCUACAUGAUGUUAGAGGGCCUUUCCCAAACUAGUCAAGAUCAAACUGAGGGAAGUUUACACUGUAGGUGACCUACUUGAACAAAUGCAGUAUUAUAGAGGAAUAAAAGGAUGUAAUAAAUAUUCCAUAUAUAAGUUUUGUAUAUUUGUUAAUAAUUUUGGUAAUAAAUAUCAUGUACUGUAUGCAGUACCUUAGAACUCUUUUAAUAAAAUUUAAAUUGAAGGAA